AUGGCAGAUGGUGCAUUCCGGUUCCAUCAGCCUGGAGCCGGGCAGUAUUACCCCACCCAACACACUUCGCAUCGGAAUCAGAAUCGAGUCACCUCGCCUUCUGGCGCACGGAGACCUUUCACCAACGACACCCCGUCUCCAUCGAGAUCGCCCGUGGGUCAUUCUGUCGGGCACAACUUCAAUAUGUACUCCCAGAAUGGCUAUCAGACACAGCACAGUCUCAUGAAUGGAGCACAAGGCCAUCAGCGUUACGGAAAUCUUCACCUGCCAAAAUACCAGCCACCCCAUCAUGGCCAUCACAGCGUCGCCCAACACCACGGUCAGCACCAUCAUGCCGGGCAAUUAGGACAUCAGCACAAUCUUUCCGGCGGUUUUCAAUCCGGAACCCCUCAUUUACCCACCUACGCUCACGAGCAUCUCUCCAACGGAAAUGGUAAUGGACUGCCGCACGACGAUGCGGACGAGCCAGACAAUGAAUAUUGGAGGGAACAAAAGCAGUUUUGGGAAGAAAGCAAAGAUCUCAACGGCCCAAAUCAGCGAGCGCGCACGGUGGCGCAUCACUCCAAGGGUGUCAACUACGUCCCGUUAGGGGCCGCUGCGGAAGAUCUUCAGACAGAUAACAAUCGGACAACCACAUCAAAUGGACAGUCCUCUAGCAGGCAAACCUGGGAUGAGCUGGAUCUGGGUGGCCAGGGUCUCUGUGCGCUUUCGCCUGUGCUAUUCAAUCCGUCCUACCAUUUCUUGAAACGCCUCGACCUUGUAUAUAAUCAACUAGAAGCCCUGCCCCCGGAGAUUGGACAAUUAAAGAACCUCGAGCAUCUGGAUGUCUCUUUUAAUCAACUGACAGAAUUGCCAGAAGAGAUUGGCAUGCUUACGAACCUCAAGCAGCUUCUCCUCUUCAAUAACCACAUUCAAACCCUGUGUUACGAACUCGGCUUUUUGUACAAAUUGGAGGUGCUCGGUAUCUAUGGAAAUCCACUGGAGCAAGGGCAACGCGACAAGAUUACCGAGGGGGGUACGAGGAAACUGAUUGAAUAUCUCCGUGAAAGCAUGCCAGAACCUCCGCCUCCCCGAGAAAGAGAAUGGCACCAAAUCGAGGAAAUCGAGGAGAAUGACCCAACGCAGGACACAAUCAAGGCACUGAAUUACAACAUUCUGUGCGACCGCUACGCAACGCAGCAGCAGUAUGGCUACGUUCCUGAGCGCGUCCUUACUUGGGGCUUUCGCAAGACUCUGAUCCUUGAGGAGAUUCGGGAAAUGAACGCCGACAUCGUUUGCCUUCAGGAACUGGACCGGAACAGCUACGAUGAUUACUUCCGUGGUGAACUUUCCAUAUCGGGCUACAAAGGAUACUAUGCACAGAAAAGCCGUGCUGAAACGCUGGGUGACGCUGCUAGAUUUGUCGACGGAUGCGGUACCUUCUGGAAAGAUAAGAAAUAUGUGGUGCUGGACACUCAACAUCUUGUCCUCGGAAGAAAGGCAGUAGAGCGACCUGGCGCUAAAGCAUCGGCAGACAUGCUCAACCGGGUCUGGCAGAGAGAUGACAUUGCGACAGUUGUGUUCUUGGAGAAUCGUGUCACCGGUUCUCGCGUGGUUGUCGUUAAUGCUCACAUCUACUGGGAUCCUGCGUACAAAGACGUGAAACUGAUCCAGGCGGCUGUCCUCAUGGAGGAGUUGUCAAAGCUCACUGACAAGUACGCCAAGUUUCCGCCGGCGACGAACAAGCAGGCCUUCCGCUUCUCUGAUUCAGAGGAUGAGCCGCUACCGGACCCUGGGCCGUCAUUGUCAUAUACGUCGGGUCCCCAGAUCCCGAUGAUUAUCUGCGGAGACUUCAACUCGGGAGCUGGAUCCGCAGUCUACGAUCUAUUCACAAAGAAAGGUCUGAAUGCCGAUCACGCCGAUCUUGAUGGCCGCGAUUAUGGUGCCUUCUCCCGCGCGGGUAUGUCGCACAACUUUACGCUCAAGUCUUCUUAUGCCGCCAUUGAUGGGGAAAUGCCAUUCACGAAUUACACGCCAAACUUUGUCGACGUCUUAGACUACAUCUGGUACUCGAGCAACUCUCUGCGAGUGGUUGGGUUGCUUGGAGCCAUCGACCCCGAAUAUCUGAAACGAGUGCCCGGAUUUCCGAAUUUUCACUUCCCGAGUGAUCACAUUGCAAUUGUGGCCCAAUUCAAGGUUGAGAAGCAGCGCAACGCGCAGAAAGCUGUGGAAGCCGACUUUGGACCCUCGUCGAAGAAGUAG